AUGGCGCAUAUCAAGCCGGCGGCAGCGCUUCCAAGCCAUGAGCGCUUCCAGGCGCGGGCGCCCACGGACAUGAGCAACCUCUCCAUCAACCAGCGCUUGGUCAUGGAGAACAAGAAGCGGUCGGCCGCGCUCCGGCGCCGCAACACGAUCGAGGUCGAGAAGAUGCUCUCGGCGGCGCCGGUCGAGGUCGGCGCGCAGAUCUGGCUGCCGGACCCGGAGACUGUCUGGCGCAUCGUCGAGAUCGUCAAGUACCACGAGGAAGAGAAGGGCAUGAUCCUCACGGUCGUCGGGCCGCGCGGCCAGGAGACGGUCGACAUGCGCGACAUUGGCGACCUCUACCGCGUCAACCCGCGCGUCGUGGACGACAUGACGUCGCUCUACUACAUCCACGAAGCGGGCAUCCUCGAGAACCUCAACGUGCGCAGUCGCCUCGACAACCAGCGCCCGUACACGUUCAUGGCCAACGUGCUCAUCGCGGUCAACCCGCUCCGGAAGGUCGUCGAGCCCCACAUCAAGGACUACGUCAAGACGCAGAUGGGCGACCGCCCGCCGCAUCCGUACGCUGUCGCCGAGGUUGCGUUCCAGCAAAUGUCGCUGCGGUCGCCGUCGCAGUGCCAGUCGAUUGUCAUCUCGGGCGAGUCGGGCGCGGGGAAGACCGAGACGUCCAAGAUUGUACUGCGCUACAUCACGACGCGCGAGCACAUUCUGAGCUCGGACGUGGCGCCAAUCUCGACCUCGAAGCUCUCGUCGCAGGAGCUCGACCGCCGGCUCUGGGACACGAACCCGAUUCUCGAGGCCUUUGGCAACGCCAAGACGCUCCGCAACCACAACUCGUCGCGCUUUGGUAAGUUCAUGAAGCUCCAGUUCUCCGAGGUCGCGGGCAACCGGCUGCACCUCAUGGGCGCCUUCAUCGAGACGUACCUCCUCGAGAAGUUCCGCGUCGUCGCGCAGAUCCCGCACGAGCGCAACUUUCACAUCUUUUACUUUCUCCUUGCCGGCGCGUCCGACGAGCUCUCGGCCAAGCUCUCGCUCGGAAGCCCGAAAGACUUUUUCUACCUCAACCAGAGCGGCUGCGUGAGCGACCCCAACAUUGACGACGAGCUCCUCUUUGACGACGUCUGCAGCGCGCUCAAGACGGUGGGCGUCGACGCGGACAAGCAGCUCUCGGUCUGGACGCUCCUUGCGGGCAUCUUGCACCUCGGCAACGUCGUGCUCGUCAACCGCGAGACGUCCGAGGGCGACUGCGCCGAGGUCUCGUCCAACACGACGCCGGCGCUCGCGACGUGCGCGAUGCACCUGGGCGUCGACGGCGCGCACCUCGAGCGCGUCAUCACGCAGCGCGAGAUCGAGACGCGCGGCGAGAAGUUUGUCAUCAAGCGCAACGCCAAGGAGGGUAGUUAUGUGCGUGACGCGAUCGUCAAGUCGAUCUACCAGCACCUCUUCGACUGGAUCGUCCAGCACAUCAACGUGGCGCUCGGACACGGGCCGCCGGAGCUGCCGUUCAUUGGCGUCCUCGAUAUCUUUGGGUUCGAGUCGUUCGCCGUCAACGAUUUCGAGCAGCUUUUGAUCAACUACGCCAACGAAGCGCUCCAAGCGACCUUCAACCAGCAGGUUUUUAUCGCCGAGCAAGAGCUGUUUCUGCACGAAGGCAUUGACGUCGGCAAGAUCCAGUGGCCCGACAACCGCGACUGCAUCGACUUGAUUGCGGCCAAGCCCAACGGCAUUCUCGCGCUCCUCGACGCCGAGGCGCGGACGCAGAAGCCGUCGGACGACAAGUGGAACGCGACCUUGCACAAGACGCACGCGGGCCACGCGCACUUUCUUGCGCCGCACGAGAAGGACAAGAAGUUUGUGUUUCUCAUCAAGCACUUUGCGACGAUGGUGCCGUACACGAUCGGCAACUUCAUCGACAAGAACAACGACACGAUUCCGAAGGACCUCGAAGACCUCGUGCUUUCGUCGACGUCGGCGCUCAUGGCCCAGAUCUACAAGGACGGCGCCGACCUCUCGGCCGGCUCGUCGCUCAAGAAGCCGAGCGUCUCCAACAAGUUUUGCGACCAAAUGCACGCGCUCGUCGAUACGCUCAACGCGACGCGCUGCAACUUUAUCCGGUGCGUCAAGCCCAACCCGACGAUGGCGCUCGGCGUCUUUGACAAUGGCUACGUCGUCGACCAGCUCCGCUGCACGGGCAUGCUCGCGACGUGCGAGCUUCUCAAGGUCGGCUUGCCGACGCGUGUCUCGUACGAUGAGAUUUGCCGCAUCUACAAGCCCGUCUUGCCGCCCAACGUGACGCCCAUGUUUGCGUGCUACAACGAACGCACGUUCACGGAAGCCGUGCUCUGGGCCUUCCGCGUCGACAAUGACGCGUACCGUCUCGGGCGCACGCGCGUGUUUUUCAAGACGGGCAAGAUCGCGCUCCUCGACGCGCUCCUCAAGGUCGACAUGAAGAAGAUGGGCCCGUGGAUCGUCGCGCGCCUCAAGAAGUGGCUCGCGCGUCGCCGCUGGCGCUACGCGACCGCCAAGAUCCUCGCCCAGCGCGCGUUCCUCUGGCUCCUCGAGCAGACGCGCAAGCGCAAGGCGGCGAUCCUCAAGAUGCAGUCGAUCGUGCGCAUGUACAAUGUGCGCAAGCAGUUUCUGCAGAGCCGCACGCGCCACCGCGAGGCGGCGAAGCGCAAGCUCGCGGCGCAGCACCGCUGGAAGAUUGCGAUCGCGCACGUCCGUGGCCGCGUCGCGUUCAUCGAGCUCUUUGCCAACUCGCGCGCCAAGCUCGCGGCGCAGCAAGCUCGCAUUAACCGCGCGGCCGUCGUGCUCCAGUCCAUUGCGCGCGGAAAGCUCGCGCGGCGCGAAGCCGACCGCCUCCGCCGCCUGGCCCAAGACGCGGCGAUGCGCGCGCGCCUCGCCCAGGAAGCCCGCGCCCGCGCCGAAGAGUCCAAGAAGACGGCCAAGAAGCGCUGGCAUGCGGCGUUUUACACGAUCAUGGCCCAGCGCCACUUUGUGCAGCGCCUCGUCAAGAUCCGCAACGCCCGGAUGGCGGCCGAGAAGGCGCAAGCCCGCCAGCGCGAAGAGAUGGAGGCCCGCCGCCAGGUGGAGGCCGCCGAACACGCGCGCAUGGCGUACCUCCAGUCGCAGUCGGCGCUCAAGAUCCAGGCGGCGUACCGCGGCAAGGUCGGCCGCGACGAAGCCCGGCGUGUGGCUGCGGUCGUCUACGCCCAGCGCGCGGCCGAAGCCGCGGUUCUCGCUGCCGACGAAGCCGCGCGGGCGGCCGAGAUUGCGUCCGAAGCGCACCAGGCCGAAGCCGCCGCGCUCCGCAAGCUUGAUUCGCUCGAGGCGACGCGCCAUGCGACGAUGGGGUCGGUCGGUCUCGCGAGCGCCGGCGUCAUGGGCACGGCGGGUGUCCACGGAGUCGCGGGCGAGGCCUCGGCCAUGGGCGCGAUGGGCUCACAGGGCGUCGCCGGUGCCGUCAUGGGCCACCAAGAGAGCUUGCACGAGCCCGAUCUGAGCUGGAUGCCGCAGGACGCGCCGAUCGUGUCGGAAACGACGGUUGGCGAUGCGAUGCGCGCCGAGCAGCUCGCGCAGGCUGGUCGCGAUCUCUUUGGCGAGGAAGGCGCCGAGGUCGUCGGGCCGCUCGAGAGUGCCGAAGACGACAACAUGCGCAACCCGGUCGAGCGCUUCCAGGAGUUCCCGACGGGCCCGCCGAUCCCGUACAAGGGCGGUAUCUUUACGUGCACGCUCCUCGGCCACCGCAAGCUCCAGGACGAAAACUGGGGCGACGAGUACACGGAGUAUGUGCUCCGCGUCACGUGGGGGCGCGACAUCCUCGAGCAGUCCAAGACGGCGUGGCUCGUCGGCGGCCGCUACAACGACUUCAACUCGCUGCACCAAGAGCUCAAGGCCGCGGCGUCGGGGAAGCGGGGCAAGCGCGCGCCGUGGUUCCCGCGCUUUCCGAAGCGCCACCCGUUCUCGUCGUUGAUUGGGAAGAACCAAGAAGAAAAGUUCAUCAUCAAGCGCGAGAAGGAGUUGAACCGGUACAUGACGCAAGUGCUCACGCAGAUGCCGGACGCGCUCUUGAACGUGCACAUGGACCGCUUCCUCCAGCUCACGCUGCGCACGUCCGACAUUUGCGAGCGCGAAGCGUUUGCCGAAGCCCGCAAGGCGUGGGAAGAGGAGGAGCGCCAAGCGAUCGCGAACGCUGCGGACGCCGAGCCGCUCAACGACGCCGAGCUGCACGAAGUCGAGCAGCUCGUGCACGAGCUCCUGGAGAAGGUCAUGUACAGCCAAGGCGACAUCCGCAACGACAAUGGGCUGCAAGAGAUGAUCCACGCGGUCAAGGUGCUCCAGCCGCGCGUGACGGCGUCGGCGCAGAUCGGCGCGGGCGUCAACAUGGAGCUCGUGCCGCUCGCGAUGCAGCUCCAGGACGACAUCCAAGACGCGUUCAGCCAGUACAACGACACGCUCUUGGCGCUGCGACUCGACCAAGACUUUCACUAA